AUGGAGGGGGUGCGGAACUUUCUGGAGCAGAUUGCACUGCUUUCAGGGGAGAUUCACGAGUCUGGGGGCAAGGAGGGACAGCUGUCAGCCAAUGCGGUGCGGCUGAUGACCAUUCACAAGGCCAAGGGGCUGGAGUUCCCCGUGGUCUUCCUGACAGGCUUGGAGAAUCGGAUCCUGCCGCUGGCUCCGACAAAGGAGAUGGCACAGUGGAAGGGGUGUGAGGAGAGGCCUGGUUGGGAGAGGGUUACUCUAGGAAGGGGGAGUAGGCAUCACGGCCAUUAUCAUUUUCAGAAUCAACAACAUAAUGGUCGUAAUCAGCAGCAGCACCGGCAGCAGCAGUGGAAGCGGGGAGACGGUUGGGUGCAAUCAGGGGACUUGGAGCGUGGAAGAAAAGAGGAAAAGGAGUUCUACUUUAACGAGGAGGAACGGCGGCUGUGCUAUGUAGCAAUGACCCGUGCUCAAGACCGGUUGUACCUGAGUGGUGCAUGGCAGCGCCGAUGGUAUGCCGAAAAGAUGCACUCAUUGGAGCCGUCGGUCUUCCUAGAUGGCCUGCAAGACCUUGCUCCUUUUCCAGGAAGCAUUUAG